CAAAAUAUUUAAAGAAAGAGGUACAUGAAGAAAAUACUACAUUCAGCUGCUUCAAUCCACGCUGUAAAGUUUGUACAUUUUAAACGCAAGUGUCAGUGCCAAAUACAAGAAAAUCAAUAUGGAGUCGUACGACACUAGGAAAUCAUACGGGUCGAGACGGAAGACAUUCAAAAGCUUUGAUUCGCAUACCGCCGCCUCCGUCUUCUUCGUCAUCUUCGUCGUGCGCUUGAUUGUGGCGGUGUUGAACAACCUGGUUAUGGAGUGGUGUGAUCAGAUGGACACAGCAGUUACGCGAGGGAUAGAGUGGCCGCACACACAACCCAACCAAGGAACGGGAAGUAUGACGUUCUCGCCAGCGUCACACGUUUUUACGUCAACAUCCGUUUCCGGUGGAGCAUCAACGUAGCCGAGUUAAGGCCUUUAUUAUAUUAUUAUUAUUAUGAAAAAUUUAGAAUGGCUGUCUUAUCUAUUUGCCCUUUCGCCCUCGCGGGAAGGAUGUUCUAUAGAGGACGGUAACGCGCAAGCGGAGUUUGUAGUACCGAGUUCCGCCCGUUAUAAGAAUUGAUCGAUAGCUCGAUCCAUGAAUUAUGGACCUUCGCUGACCGAUGUGUUCUCAGUGGGGCGAGAGAACAAUACAUCACAUUUCACAGAAAAAACAAGAUAACAACACCAGGAAGUGUAUGCCCAUAGUGGGCGUUCAACAGUUGAGUACCAUUGAGAGACCGAUAACGGACCUAUUAUCAUGGCGAUGUCUGAGGCUGUGGACAUCCGGAACCUAAAAGAAGGAAGUCAGACCAUGGUCUGAGCUUCAUCGCAACCUUGUAUUUGAAAUACUAAAAGAAAGAAUAUAUCAAAAACCGACAAA